AAGACUCCGGCGUUUCCAUUAUCGGCUUAAAUUCAGGUUCUCGAUAAGUUUUCACGUAGUAAUAAUAACGAUCGACGGUAUCGCAUCGACUGACCCUGAUAUACGCCGUUGCUUUAUGCUUCCAUACUUUCUCCGCCCUCCCUACCCCCACCCCUCUCCUUUACCUUUACUCGGGUUUCUUGCAGACAUUUUAACAAACUCUAUGUUUCACCUUGUCGUCUUUCUCAGCCGUAAGCACCCCUUCUGUUACCGUGGAUACGACACUGGCCUUUUUUUUCUGGUAUCUACCAGCAACUCGAGAUGUUUCUUAACAAUCUAUUGCUACGAGUUCUAAGAUUUCGAGAUGUUGGAACAAGGUCACCUUUACCUCAUCGACAAUCAUUUUAUUGAUACGUCCAGCUCCGAAGAAACGAAACCUAAAGAAACAGGUAUCGUAGAUUUGCUCCGUGAAACCUAACGGCGAGAGUCGCCUCUCCAGUGCAAAGGGUUAACGGUCAUCGUGGUCGCGCAUGCGCGAAAAAAACGCGUCCCCGACUGGCAGCGCUGCUGCCACUAACCACUAUCCACCCUUCAACGCCAUCUUCACUUCGUUGACGUAACGUCACCCGAAAAGGAACCUCCUGCGAAUAUUUUCCUGAAAAAUGCCCAGCAAACCCUCGCAGGAUCGAAGAAUCACGUUCGCAGAAAUAUGAUAUGCGCAACACAGUCGUACGUAGCUACCUGGUGUCCUGUUUGCGAUAGAAGAGUCAGCGAAAAAGGAGGAGACACUUACGGGCUUCUCGCUCAUAUUCGCGAAUCUCACCCGAAGAGCUCUCGCCAAUAUUUUCCUCGGGAAGAGAAAAAGGAAGAGUCGAGGGCUACGUCUAAACGACUGACUUCGAAAAGCACGGCUGGAACAUGCGCAAAGAAAAACGAACCAAAAAAGGUCUACGCAACGCGCGUCGACACGUGGAAAUCGCACAAUGAAACAAAAUUGUGUCCUCGAUGCCAAAAGGAAGCGGUACCGACACUUCAUGCCAGAGGAGAUAAACUGACCACCUCGCACAUCGGUGCUCUUUGCCUCUUAGGGUGUUGGCCACUUUGCUUCGUGCCGUUGAUGAUGAAGCGCGCGAAGAAAGUGCGCAUGAUUUGUCCGUUGUGUGGAUACACGUAUGGCAGCUUUCAGUACGAAAAUGCUUCACUGGCGCUUUGCAAAACAGAUUCCGAAGAUUCGCAAGCGAGACUCUCGUCGCCACCGCGAAGCUUUCGUUUGCAAGCAACGAGAGAAGAAUAUUGAAAACGAACGCUUUCCAAAUAUACGAUUCGAAUCUACAAACGAAUAUUUACCAGUCGAUAAAAUAGGUACGACGAAUCGAUCGCAGAAAGUGAACCAGCGACAACUGUGCUUCUGCUCGGACGAACUUCGAAACGAUUUCGAGAAAUCGGCCAAAUCAAAAGUAACGUAAUUCGAGCUAACAGAUCGAGUUCUGGAUUCAUAUUAUUGAUCGCUGGACACAUCGCGAGAGCCUCGGGGUUCGGAGCGCGAUAUUGGAUCGGAUCUAACGAGUUACUCGAUGAAACGACAAUUUCGCGAACGAACCUACAACUGUAUAGAAAUUCGUACCAGCCAUCGCGAUUCGUUCCCCUUUUUCAUCGCGUGUAUGGUACCUUUGCAUGUGUGCGUGCGAGGAGGAAAGAUCGACAGGACGAAAACGAGUGGAAACGAAAGGAAAAGAAAAAAGAACGAAUCAUCGCGUUUCUCGUGUCUAGACGCGAUGCUGUCGCGGUCGUUUCUUUUCCCUGCCGAAGAAAUUUCACUUUGGAUAAUUUUGCCAUUCUGCCCGCGUCACGGAGCUUUCGUGUUUACGAAAAGGUUCUAGAUUAGGUUCAGAUUAAUAUUAUGGAUCGCCUCGCGAAAGAUUCAGCGUCACGAUCAUCCAUUAGAAAUUGAAAUGACUUCGCCGUUGGAGAAUUCAGGUCUGACUCGCGAGUUAGAUUUCGAAACGAAAGGAAAAGAGAAACGAACGAGCCUCUACGUUCUCCGUGCCAAGGAACGAGAGAUAUCGUUGCCGUUUAUUUGCCUUGGUCGUCGAAGAGAACUCACUUUGACUCGUUUCGCUAUUCGACCUGCGUCACGGAGCUAUUAUGUUUAUGAAAUGGCCUGUCGCACAAGGCGGAAAGCUCAGAAAUAACGUAAAUUCUAGAGAACGAAACGUGCUACAGUUACGGAAUAGGAUUUUGCAAAUCUAUUUUUUAAUGCAACCUAGAGGCGACCUCCCUCUAAUCUUGACUACGAUCGAUUCUUUUUGUUUUUGUGUGUUUAUUGUGGACGUUUCUGGGACCUCGUUUUAUCAGGAUUUCUUUUUUUUUCCAUUAAUGUUUUUUAUUUUUUCCAUUGCAUAUCUCACGCCAUAGACUUUUCGGUAUUUUAUCUUUGUUAUCCGGCCCUAACCUAACCACGAAAAAAUCGGACCGAACGGUCGGGGGGAUUCGAACCUAAGCUCUCGAGCGUUGUUAGUCGACUACGCUACGCAUCGCUCUACUCUCCGACCCACCAAUUCUUUGCUGUAAUAUUAUAAUAAAACAACGCAUGCCCGGUAUGCAUUUAAACGAUCGAUACUAACAAGUAAACGGACUAAGACUUCGUUAACGAUAUCAUUAAAGUCUGUAAUUUAACGUUUUCAAGGUAGCUGAGGUACGAUAGUACGAAAUUAAAUCGAGAAGAAAAGAAAUCUAAGCCGAUCGCACGAUACUAGUUUCACAGUUAAAUGUGAAGUCUCACGAGCUGGUAAUUAGAGAAAGCAGAGGUUGAAAGAGCGUGCCUUUCUACCCGGUAUUUUAUUAGUAUGAAAAUAACUGGAAACGCGAGAAGACAUAAUUACUGUGGAGUACAAAACUUUUCUGGUAUAGUAACGUGGUUCUCUUUCGCUCUGUCCUUUUCUACGUUCUACAACUGUAAACACAGAACAGAAACCUCGACUGGAUAAACGAAAUGUUUGGGUUCCGAUUUUCUACGGGUACAUUCUCUAUAGGUUUCGCACGUGUUCGCGACGCUAACCGCCUGUUCGAAUGCGCGGAGUUCGCGAUCUGAUCGUUGCAAAUGUUGUCUCUCGGUUCGCGGAAGAUUAUCGAAACGGAACCGUUCGCUACCCGACGCGGUACGGAACAAGUUAUCUAGCCGUGUUCUCUCGUUCCGUCAGGAAUCCCGCAGGAUGGCCCUGUUAUUCGCGGCAGGUACAUUAAAAGCCCUCCGGUAGUCGAAGCUGUACAAGAAGCGAGAUUAUCCGGUCGAUUGAGGCGGCGGCGAGUUGGUAACUCGAUAAGUUCACCGGAGCAGAUUCUGUUCUCCCAAGAUACUUUGCGAUUCCGUCAGGCGUACAGCGUACCGAUACUGGACGCCCUCUGGCCAAUUUAGCCCUAAUCCUAGUCCCGAUAACUUCGCGCGAUCGUCUCCGACGACUUGCCUCGAAACUUUAACUAUCUUUAAUUGCAAUCACGCCUCGAGCCGUGAAGGGUUGAUAUUUUACGAACAGAUGUCGAUGAGCUUCGGUGAAGUCUGGAUUGUCGGAUGUUGGUGUUGCGACUCGAGACAACGAGAUCAUUGCUUAAAAAACAGUAGCGAUCCGAGUUAGGUCUGGGUUAGAUGUAUCGCAAAGGAGAUGGUCGGGCAAGCUGCCACGACCCAGUCUAGAUUCUGGGAACCUAGACUAAUUACCUACAUACUAGCAGGCUCCUGAUCUCGGCGAUGCUGACCUGCCUCUUCUUCGAGUCGUUCUUCGACAUUUUUCUCUCUGGGUGAUCAACUCUAACGGACCCAAACAAAUGGACGAUGUCCUCCUCUAUUCUCGAAGAAGAAAACUCUUUCCGAACGGUGCAACCGCGACUUUAAUUAAUUCACCGAGCAGUCGAUCGCGUCCAAUGAAAUUCUGUAAUUAAUUGACUAAUUAAUUAAAACCGUAUCGCGUCGUCGCGACCGCGGUGGCGGGCUUGCUUAUAGACGCUGAGCAGUUAAUUAAUUGCUUUCGUUUAAAUUACAUCGUU